AUGAAGCCUCAGAAGCCCGGGCUAGAAAGGGCCGAGAGGACAGCCAUCCUGUCCCCGCGCAUCUCUCUCGGGCGUUGGAGCAGGUGUGAAACCCCAGAAGCCAGGCCCUGCAGCUCAAAAUGGCUAUGGACCAGGCGUUGGAGCAGGUGUGAAACCCCAGAAGCCAGGCCCAGCAGCCCAGAAUGGAUAUGGAGCAGGCCCUGCAGCUCAAAAUGGCUAUGGACCAGGCGUUGGAGCAGGUGUGAAACCCCAGAAGCCAGGCCCAGCAGCCCAGAAUGGAUAUGGAGCAGGCCCUGCAGCUCAAAAUGGCUAUGGACCAGGCGUUGGAGCAGGUGUGAAACCCCAGAAGCCAGGCCCAGCAGCCCAGAAUGGAUAUGGAGCAGGCUUUGGUGGGGGCAUGAAGCCUCAGAAGCCCGGCCCUGCAGCUCAAAAUGGCUACGGACCAGGCGUUGGAGCAGGUGUGAAACCCCAGAAGCCAGGCCCAGCAGCCCAGAAUGGAUAUGGAGCAGGCCCUGCAGCUCAAAAUGGCUAUGGACCAGGCGUUGGAGCAGGUGUGAAACCCCAGAAGCCAGGCCCAGCAGCCCAGAAUGGAUAUGGAGCAGGCUUUGGUGGGGGCAUGAAGCCUCAGAAGCCCGGCCCUGCAGCUCAAAAUGGCUACGGACCAGGCGUUGGAGCAGGUGUGAAACCCCAGAAGCCAGGCCCAGCAGCCCAGAAUGGAUAUGGAGCAGGCCCUGCAGCUCAAAAUGGCUAUGGACCAGGCGUUGGAGCAGGUGUGAAACCCCAGAAGCCAGGCCCAGCAGCCCAGAAUGGAUAUGGAGCAGGCUUUGGUGGGGGCAUGAAGCCUCAGAAGCCCGGCCCUGCAGCUCAAAAUGGCUACGGACCAGGCGUUGGAGCAGGUGUGAAACCCCAGAAGCCAGGCCCAGCAGCCCAGAAUGGAUAUGGAGCAGGCUUUGGUGGGGGCAUGAAGCCUCAGAAGCCCGGCCCUGCAGCUCAAAAUGGCUACGGACCAGGCGUUGGAGCAGGUGUGAAACCCCAGAAGCCAGGCCCAGCAGCCCAGAAUGGAUAUGGAGCAGGCCCUGCAGCUCAAAAUGGCUAUGGACCAGGCGUUGGAGCAGGUGUGAAACCCCAGAAGCCAGGCCCAGCAGCCCAGAAUGGAUAUGGAGCAGGCUUUGGUGGGGGCAUGAAGCCUCAGAAGCCCGGGCUAGAAAGGGCCGAGAGGACAGCCAUCCUGUCCCCGCGCAUCCCUCUCGGGUCUCUCUCUCUUUAACCACCUCCCUUAAUAAUGAGUGCAUUGAGCAGGGUUCUGUGCAUGACUCCAAGAAGAGGGACACUACCAGCUUCAGGAGUCGAGGGUGUCCUGCAGCUCAAAAUGGCUACGGACCAGGCUUUGGAGCAGGUGUGAAACCCCAGAAGCCAGGCCCUGCAGCUCAAAAUGGCUAUGGACCAGGCGUUGGAGCAGGUGUGAAACCCCAGAAGCCAGGCCCAGCAGCCCAGAAUGGAUAUGGAGCAGGCUUUGGUGGGGGCAUGAAGCCUCAGAAGCCCGGCCCUGCAGCUCAAAAUGGCUACGGACCAGGCGUUGGAGCAGGUGUGAAACCCCAGAAGCCAGGCCCAGCAGCCCAGAAUGGAUAUGGAGCAGGCCCUGCAGCUCAAAAUGGCUAUGGACCAGGCGUUGGAGCAGGUGUGAAACCCCAGAAGCCAGGCCCAGCAGCCCAGAAUGGAUAUGGAGCAGGCUUUGGUGGGGGCAUGAAGCCUCAGAAGCCCGGCCCUGCAGCUCAAAAUGGCUACGGACCAGGCGUUGGAGCAGGUGUGAAACCCCAGAAGCCAGGCCCAGCAGCCCAGAAUGGAUAUGGAGCAGGCCCUGCAGCUCAAAAUGGCUAUGGACCAGGCGUUGGAGCAGGUGUGAAACCCCAGAAGCCAGGCCCUGCAGCUCAAAAUGGCUAUGGACCAGGCGUUGGAGCAGGUGUGAAACUCCAGAAGCCAGGCCCAGCAGCCCAGAAUGGAUAUGGAGCAGGCCUAGAAAGGGGUGAGAGGACAGCCAUCCUGUCCCCGCUCAUCUCUCUCAGGCUUCUCCCUUUGACCACCUCCCUUAAUAAUCAGUGCAUUGAGCAGGCCCUGCAUCUCAAAACGGCUAUGGACCAGGCCCUGGACCAGUUUAUAGAAAUAGGCUGGGAUCUGGAGCCUUCCCCAGUGAAGGGACCCAGCCAGGAUACACACCAGGAGGAAAUGGGCGUCCACCAGCUGAAUACAGUGAGGGUUUCAGUCUCAGGUCUGGAAGGGGGUGUGAAACCUCAGAAGCCAGGAUAUGGCAACGGAAAUGGGCUGGGGGCCCAGCCAGGUCCUUGCAAUGGGAAGAUGCCUCCAAGGCCUGUCCCCCGGCUUCCCACUCCAGGGGGCCCUUCUGAUAAAGCAAGUGGCUGGGGCCCCAGAUCCCAGCCCCCUACCCCAGGGCAGAAUGGCAAGUUCCCAGGCUUUGGUGAUGGCCUCAAACCUCAGAAAGUUGAGUUCCCUGGGGCCAGUGGCUUAAAAAAUGGGUCCUAUGGACAGCUGAGGCCAAAGCUGGGCCCAGCUUUGGUGGGUGGAGGGGGCGCUAAGGUGAAGAGCGGCAGCAGUGGCCCUCUGGAAAAUGGCUAUGAAGAGUACAAGGUGGUGGGGCAAUGCCUACCCACCCCCAAGUGUCGCAUACCACCCCUCUACCGCAUCAUCUUUGCACCUAACCAAGUCGUUGCUAAGUCCCGCUUCUGGUACUUUGUGUCUCAACUGAAGAAGAAAUCUUCAGGGGAAAUCGUCUACUGUGGGCAGGUGUUCAAAAAAUCCCCCCUUCGGGUGAAGAACUUUGGCAUCUGGCUGCACUAUGGCUCCUGCAGUGGCACCCACAACAUGUACGGGGAGUAUCAGGACCUGACCACCGCGAGCGCUGUCACCCAGUGCUACAGAGACAUGGGGGGGCACCGUGCCUGCGCCCACUCAAUCCAGAUCAUGAAGGUGGAAGAGAUUGCAGCCAGCAAGUGCUGCCGACCAGCAGUCAAGCAGUUCCAUGACUCCAAGAUCAAGUUCCCGUUGCCCCAUCAGGUUCUUCAUCGCCAACCCGGGCCACCGCCGUCCUCUGCGCUUGCCCUGGCUGAGCUGCCUCCGCUGCCCGCGCUCCCGCUGCGGCCCGAGCCGCUGGCCCCCUGGGGCCCCGGCGCUUACCUGGCGCUGCCCGAGCUGCCGCCUGAGGCUUGCGUUCCAGCCCCGCCCGCCACCUCUCUCGCCCUGCAGGACCUGCCGCGUCUGCCUGCGCCAGCACCGCGGCCCGCGCACCUGCCGCUGCCGCCGCUGCCGGAGACUGCGAUCGCUGCCACUCCCGGGCCGGUGGGCGCGCGCGGCCGCCCGCCGCUCGUAGCUGAGCCGCCCCCGCAGCCGCUGCCGCCGCUGCCCGCACGUCCCUCGCCCUUCAGCCUCCUGGCGCCGCCUGCGCCCCGCGACCCCUGGCCACUACCCCCUUUUCCCCCGCCUCCGCUGCCGCCACCACACUUCUUCCUGUUGCCGCCCUGUUGA